AUGGCAGAAGGGACCUCAGUAAGGGAUCUUGUUCUGAAGAUGAUUGGUCUUCUCAAUGAGCGAGAGAUCCUUGAAGUAGAAAUUGAUGGGGAAACCCAGUCAUUGGAAAAACUACUUAAAGAGCUUCAGGCGGCUGAGGGCCUCAUCAGGAAGCCAAUUAAAGCUUUUGUGAUUAAGAAAGGUUUUUCUUCUAGGCCAAAAGGCCGAAAGAAGCAGAAAAAGGUUCAGAAACCACAGGGGGCUCCUCCAAUAGUACAUGGGCUGCAGGAUGGAGUGAAAAAGCCUAACGGCAAGUGUUUUCACUACAAGCAGCUAGGGCACUGGAAAUCACAAUGUGCAAUUUAUCUCACCAAAUAG